AUGGUUGAAUUACGUCGUUCUAAUAGAAUCUCUGCUAAGAAAGAACCUUUAGAUUCCGAAUCUGCUGAACCCAUCAAGGUAAAGGCAAAGACAGAAUCAAAGGUUACCAAGCCAAACGGAAAAAAAGAGGUUAAAAAUGAAGAUAGUGCCAAUAAGCUAGCUGAGUUGCAAAUUGGUGAUGACAUUCCUGAUCUAACUCUACUAAAUCAGGAUGACGAGCCGAUAUCGUUGAAAGAAGUUGCCUCCAAGAAUAAAUUAGUGGUGUUCUUUGCUUAUCCAAAGGCCAGUACACCUGGUUGUACUAGACAAGCGUGUGGCUACAGAGACAAUUAUAGCGAAUUGAAGGAACACGCUGCUGUUUUUGGACUAAGUGCUGACGCUCCAAAGUCUCAGAAGAGUUUCCAAACUAAGCAAGCCUUGCCUUUUGAUCUAUUAAGCGACCCUAAACGUGAAUUUAUCGGAGCUUUGGGUGCUAAGAAGACAGCUGUUUCUGGUGUUGUCAGAUCUCACUGGAUCUUCAAGAACGGUAAACUAGAAGUGAAGAGGGUUCAAGUUUCACCUGAGGUCAGUAUUGAAGAAGGUAAGAAAGAGGUUUUAGAAUUGGCCAAGUCUUUAUAA